AUACACAGGAUGAUCAGGAGCUCUGAGUAGACCACUGGGACAAUUCAGUAUGGCAAAGGUGACCAGUGAACCACAGAAGCCUAAUGAAGAUGUGGACGAACAGACCCCAGCAACCUCAAGUACCAAAGGGAGGAAGAAGGGGAAGACACCCCGUCAACGAAGGUCCAGAAGUGGCGUUAAGGGCCUAAAGACCACCAUGAAGGCGAAAAGACCCCUUCGAGGGAGCUCGAGCCAAAAAGCCUGUGAAACUAACACCCCUGCAGGAAAACCUAAGAAAGCUAGAGGACCAAUACUGCGUGGUCGUUAUCACCGGCUGAAAGAAAAAAUGAAGAAAGAGAUCGACAAAGACCAAAGCGAGACCUCAGCUCUGUGAUGUCUGUAGAGGUCUGCCACUGAAAAGUCAUCAAUCAUACAGUCGGUGAAUUCUACACCAACAGGUUAAAACCAUGAAAAUAAAAUCAACCCGAAUCGAAA